GAGUGAAACUCACUCAGGAUCGUUCCUCAACGUCAUUUGCUCGCACACAAGCAUACGAUCGACCAACCCUCUCACCCCCUCGGCCAGCACCAUCGCACUACCGCCGUCAUCGUCAAUAGCAGUGCUACCGCUUACGCCGUCGUCAACGUUGUCUGUGCUACGUUUACCCUCGAAUUCGGUACCUCGUUUUAUCUUGGCGACGCGCGCACUGACACACCAUGAGGAUACUUUUGCUGGUAAUCCCAGCAUAUUUGCUUGUUCUCGCUGAAACGCGAAAGGUCCAGCUCCGAGCGCGUGCGCAGGAGCCCCAAAUAUAUUAUGAAGAGGAGGAGGAGGCUCAGCCAGCUGAGAUCGAAGAUUACGCUUCCCAAAUAGCUUAUCAACCUCGUACAAGAGCACUCGCUUCACCUCGCUCCAAGGACUCGCUACAAGGCCCUAAACAGCCUCCGGUUCAAACAAUUCGCAAUUACAAUAAAGUCAACGACGACGGCUCGUUCACCUUUGGCUACGAAGCCGCUGACGGGUCCUUCAAGGAAGAGACGCGAGGCACGGACUGCGUAGUACGUGGCAAAUACGGAUACGUCGAUCCCGACGGUAAUAAGCGCGAGUUCACUUACGUCUCGGGCAACCCUUGCGACCCGAAUGCACCCAAGGACGACGACGACGACGACGACGAGCUCGCCAAAAAGCAAGAGCCCGACGACGUCUCCGGGCCAGCUAAUUAUCCAGCUGUGAGACCGGUGCCGAGACCAUCUCGACCAAAUUACCCGACCACCACACCCAGGGCGCCCACCACUAUAUUCCAAACCGAGUAUCAGCUCGACGACGACGCCAGCCAGGAGCUCGAGGAGGAGGCCAAACCGCAAGCGUUGCGACCUUCCGCCUUCCGUAGGCCUCAAUACGUUCAGGUUGUUGCUGAGCCCUCGUCCCCGCUCUAUCAACCCACAGCUACCACUAGUCCAGCGCUUUAUCGCUUAGCUUCGACUGCGUCCGCGCCUCGCUAUAAUUCCCCCACAACCCCAGCGCCUCUGCGACAAUCCAGCAUUUCCUCCACCUAUUACCAGCCCAUUGAAACUAGUACUCGCCCGGCUGUAACGCGCGUGCGUCCCCAAUCAGUAGCCAUUACUCCCAGGCCACAUGUAGCUCAGGUUGCAGCCCAGUACGUAUCGCCCAGCAGCACCGAGAGGCCUGGCGUCGUGUUCGCUCCCCGUACGGUUGCAUCGGUGCACUCGACCACUACCGCCACUCCACCUAGCCAGCAUCUCGACUUCGCCGCGGAACUCGAGCGAUACGUCAACUCUGUGGGUAGCUCGACUCCCAGCCCCCAGGUCGUCCAGGCACCAAAAUUUGUCAAAGCCACUCAGGUGCAAGCCCAAGCCUCUUCUAGGCCCGAUCCCAUCUACCAGUCGGAGCUAGUUUAUGAUCCCGCGACCGGUCAGUACAACACACAGCUGUAUCAGACUUUACCGCAGACGCUAGGCGAUUUUAGUCUCAGUCAUAAGCUCCAACCAUUCGUAGCCGCCCAGCAGCAGCCCCUCAUUGGCCUCCAGCAAAGUCCCAUCUACCGGUCGGCAGCCUCGGUGCCUCAGCCGCCUCAGCAGCCCCCGUCUAGGCCCCGCCAGCCACCUCAGCCACAGGAGACUAUUUACAGAAAGCAACAGAGCCAGCUGCUUCAGCAAUCGCAGCAGCUCUACGCGCAGCAACAGCGCCGCCAACAGCAACCGGCCCCCUCGCAGAGGAUCCAGCUGCUCCAAGAGAGCCCAAGAGAUCCUCAGAGCUUCUAUUACAUCGCAGCUGCUCAAAAUCCCCAGCAAGUCGGACCAAUUUCUAUCGGGCAAAUCGAUCAGUUCCUUCGUAAUAGUGCUGGCGGCUAUUGAGGAACUUUCUUUGCGGUGUUAUCGAGUCACUCUAUCGAGCCUUAAAGCCUUACUUACUUACCGCAAACAUUCCCAAUACACUAUCUAUUUCAAUUGUGACUCGCUCUAAUUGGGAUUCCAAUGACUCGUACAAAUCCACGUCUCAUUCGACCUUCAUUCACGGUUCUUCUCCAUCAUUAUCUUCUUCUUCUUCUUCUUCUUC